AUGGCGAUGGCGGCGCUGGUGGUGGUGCUCUCUCUCCUGAUCCUGCCGACCGGGGAGGCGCAGGAGAGGCGCCCGGUGGAAGCGCACCCGCACGGGCUGCCGUUCGAGAGCCCGCUGGCACUGUCCCCGGCGGCGUACGACUUCUUCCACCCCAGUGAGCACGCCCAGCGCGUGGCCGGCGCCCCCGAGCUCGCGCCGCGCGGGCAGCCAAGGGGGUCGGUGGUCCGGGGCGCCGGCGCGUCCGCGGCGAGCGUGGCGAGGGCCGACCACGAGGAAGGGGGCGUGGCGCCCGUCAACACGGCUCGACGUGGUGGAGCUGUCCGUGCGGGCGUGGUGGCCGGCGUGUUCGUCGGAGCCGCGGUGGUGGUCUUGGCGGCUCUCGGGCUAGCGUACGCGGUGGCGCGGCGCCGCGUGGGCGUCGCGCAAGGUGACGCUGAGGUGGCUAGCGGGCCGAAGUCGAAUGCUUAA